AUGUCUGAUAAACAGAAAACACUAUUUUGUGGCGAUGUGAACGGGAAUUUCAACGCAUUAUUUUCCCGCGUUGAGUCCAUCGUUAAAAAGUCGGGGCCGUUCGAUGUCCUCUUGUGCGUCGGUAACUUCUUCGGUGAUGAUAACUCGCAAUUGGAUGCCUACAAAAUGCGAACCAGAAAAGUACCAGUAACUACAUAUGUUUUCGGACCAAGCAAUAGUGACCAUGUUAAGUACUACUGUGAAGAAGGGUGUGAAAUUGUUCCAAACGUUAUUUAUAUGGGUAGAAGAGGAAUUUUUACAACAAGUGCCGAAGUUAAAAUUGCAUAUUUAACUGGUUUGUCGAGGCGGGAGCUAGGUAAAGAAAUAGCGUCAUGUACAUUUGAGCCGAGCGAUUGUAGCGCAGUAAGAGAUGCAUGUUACAGAGGUCAGAGUGAAUAUAGAGGUGUUGAUGUAUUAAUUACUACUCUGUGGCCAUCGGGUGUCCAACAAGAUGAAUGUCAAAAGGUAGAUGUCAAGGAAGAGAGUCUGUCAAACUUAAUAGCGUGGCUUUCUAUUCAUGUGAAACCGAGGUAUCAUAUUGUACCUUCAGCAGACAAGUUUUAUGAGAGACAACCUUAUAGAAAUCAAGGCAUGCAUCAAGAUUACAAGGAAUGUGCGACAAGAUUUAUAGCGUUGGCCCCGGUUGGCAACAAGGCUAAAGAAAAGUGGGUUUACGCAUGCCUCUUACAACCUAUAACUAAGAUGAGAAUGACUGACCUUUUGCAAAGCACCACAGAUGAAACAGACUGUCCGUAUGAUCCAGAAUUGUUAAAACAACAUCAACCUGGGAAGGUUGUCAAGGUGUCCGGUAAUGGGCAAUUCUUCUUCAACAUGGACGCGUCAGAAGAUGAUCACGGCAAGAGGAAAAGAAAGAGUGGCGAUAAUCCAGAUCGAAAGAGAAGAGAUAUAGAUCCUGAUUCUUGCUGGUUCUGUCUAUCAUCACCUACAGUGGAAAAGCAUUUGGUGAUAUGUGUUGGAAGGCAUUGUUACCUUGCUCUGCCGAAGGGUCCUUUGACCCCUUAUCAUGUACUGAUACUGCCUAUUGCUCAUCAUCAAUCUAUCACAAAGUCCCCAGAUGACGUCGUCAAAGAGAUAAAACUAUUUAAAGACGUAUUGAAGAAGUUCUAUAGCUCGACGGGUAAAGUCGCCGUUUUCUUUGAGAGGAACUACAAAACUUCGCAUAUGCAAAUACAGUGUGUGCCACUACCAAAGCAUGUCGAACCGCAAAUUCUUGAAGUUUUUCAGGACGAAGCAGGUAUCAACCGAAUUGAGUUGGAAGUGUUACCUCAGUACACAGAGAUCGCUCAAGUGACAUUACCCGGGGCGCCUUACUUCCACGCCGAACUGCCAUCCGGGGAACAUUUGUAUGCGAAGACGAAGCAACACUUCCCGUUGCAAUUUGCGAGGGACGUUCUUUCAAGUCCGCCAUUAUUAAAUUGCGAAGACAAAGCUGACUGGCGUCAAUGCCUGCUCCCUCGAGAGGAAGAGGACGCCCUCGUAUCCACCUUUAGAGAUAAGUUCAGACCCUUUGACUUUACAGCAGACGAUGAUAGCGAUAGUGAUUAG